AGACCAGAUAUCGACGUUGCUUGAGUGUAAACAUUAUAAAUUAUAAAUAAAUAAAUGAGUCCCGUUUCGUCUGCAGCAGCGUCAAGUUCGAAGACACACCUGAAGUCGCAGCCGCGCGCUUACGUGCCAUUAUUUCGUGACUUUCGAGUGCUACUAACGCGGCCAAAUCGCAUCAAAAUAGCAACGUUCAAUAAAUACAAAUUGUUGCCCGCUGUCGUGUGUUAAAUGUGCAUUUAAAAUUUCCCCGAAAACGGAUAACCGAAAACGGAGUGUUCUUCUGUUUCACACAGUGUAUUGUGCCAAAUCAGAAAUUUUGAAUAUUUCUGGCCACCAGCAGUGCAUAUACGAAUAUCAAACACACAUACACACUCACACACACACACACUGUGCUGCUUCUUCAGUUUAAUCUAUUUGUUAUUGUUGCCGUUGCUGCUGAUUUGAAUGUCCGAAAAUAAAGGCAUCAUGCUUGCUAAAUCUAUGCAAAAACACGCUGGACGUGCCAAGGAGAAGAUUCUACAAAACUUGGGCAAAGUUGAUCGCACCGCAGAUGAAAUCUUUGAUGAUCAUCUGAAUAAUUUCAAUCGCCAACAAACAAAUGCCAACAAAUUACAAAAGGAGUUCAAUAACUACAUAAGAUGCAUACGCGCCGCACAAACCGCCUCAAAGUCGCUGAUGGAUGCCGUUUGUGAAGUCUAUGAGCCACAAUGGAGCGGCUACGAUGCUCUGCUAGCACAAACUGCCGCCUCGGAGAGCUUGUGGCUGGACUUUGCACACAAAUUGGGUGAUCAGGUGCUGAUACCGCUUAACACAUACACCGGACAGUUUCCCGAAAUGAAGAAGAAAGUGGAGAAGCGCAACCGCAAGCUCAUUGACUACGAUGGCCAACGUCAUUCGUUCCAGAAUCUGCAGGCCAAUGCCAACAAGCGGAAGGAUGAUGUUAAGCUUACCAAAGGUCGUGAACAACUGGAGGAGGCGCGUCGCACCUACGAAAUCUUGAAUACGGAACUACACGAUGAGUUGCCCGCCCUCUACGACUCGAGAAUAUUAUUUUUGGUUACCAAUUUGCAGACACUGUUCGCCACGGAGCAAGUCUUCCACAAUGAAACGGCCAAGAUCUAUGCGGAACUUGAGGCAAUUGUUGACAAACUGGCUACAGAAUCGCAGCGUGGCUCAAAUACGUUGCGCAAGCAAGCAAUAAAUGCCAUCAAGACUUCGAGUCCAGUGCAAUCGCCAGUGAACAAAUUGAAUAACGCCAAUGCCAACAAUAGCAACUAUCAGAAUCAAAUAACCACAAACGGCGGCUCCAGCCUGGCCAACAGUCCAACAUCCACAAGCUCGUCAAUGCUUGAGCCACGAUUUGAUUCACUUUCUUCAACGCCAGAGCCGACGCCAGAGUCGGCGCAGCUUUCAGACAGCCCCGUACAGCAGCUAGAGAGGGCAGCAGCAGGAGUAGCGGCAACUAAUGGCAUCAGCACCACAAUAACCACAACAACAAAGCCAGUGGAGAACGCUGAGCCGAGCAGCCCCAAUGCGAACACAACAAAAACAACAACGACAACAACCACAACAGAGGAAACAACCAGUGAAGUGGCAGCCGAUGCUAAAGAGACAACGACAACAACCACAACAACAACAGCAACAGCGACAGCCGCAUUAAAUGGCAACAACAAUGAACUGGCAGCAGCAGCAGCAGCAGCAGUAACACCACCCACAACUACUAGCACCAGUAGCAGCUCGACCACUACAGCUACCACAGUCACGCCAAAAGAGCCUGGCAAGCAGCCGAAAGAGCUGCCGGAUGGUCAGUCGAAUGCCAAUGGCAAUUCGAGUUCGCUUGAGGAGCACAAGCAAAAGAAAUUAGGUAAUGAAACAACAACAAACACAAAUACAACGCACUCAGUUACAGAUACAGAAACAGUUAGCGUUAGCCAAAACCAAUUAGUUAAUAGCCAAACUGUUAAUAAGCAUUCUAAUAAAAAUCCCUUCGACGAAGAUGACGAGCGCAUCUACGAAGUGCCCAAGGAUGCCAAUACAGCUGAUUUGCCACCUGGUGUGCUAUAUCGCGUAAAGGCGACCUACGGCUACGUCAAGGAGGAUGUCGACGAACUGAGCUUUGAAAUAGGUGAUACCAUACGCGUCAUCGAGUACGACGAUCCCGAGGAUCAGGAGGAGGGCUGGCUAAUGGGUCAAAAAGAGGGCACAAACGAGAAGGGCCUGUUUCCGGCCAAUUUUACGCGUCCCAUUUGAAAAGCCGAUGCAGCGACGAUGACGGGAUAAAUGCAACACCUAAGUAAACAACAUGCAACAACUACAAGAUCAACAACAUCUACAACAACAACAAGAACACCAAUUUCAGCCCCCUAUUUUGUUAUACAAUUUAUAUACAAAGAGAUAAUACUUUUUACAUACAUUAUACAAAUUUUUAAGAACGAACUUAAAUACUUUCGGCCAAAUUUUCAAACAGCGCUGCGACGCCUUAUAUAUAAAUAU